UGAGAGUGAGACUGGGGAGCAGUUCGAUCAGUAGAUCUGUGGCAGUAUAAAGCAACAACAGGCUAGACAACAGACGGAACGUCAGAACAAAGGAUCAUGCCUAAAAACAAUCGAGAAGUGAAGGAUGCAUAUGCCCAGGUGAUUCAAGUCCAGGCAUAUUUCCAUAAGGACCAGGAGAGACAAGCAGGUGAUGGCAAUGACGAGGAUGAAGUUGAGGAUGCCUUAGACGAGGAGGAUUUUGUGGAGCUAGAACUAGAAGAAGAGAUAGCAGUUGAAAGUGGAGCUCCUAAUGCCAAGGCCAGAUCUGUUCCUUUAAGGGAGCGCAUGAUGAUGAAAAAAAGGGGUAAAGAGAAAGAGAUCAAAGUUAAGGGUAAGUUCCUGAUGGAUGGACCUUGGUGGAUUGCUUCGUUUAAAGCUGUCAAGGAAGGGGGCGUCUACAUCUGCCAGGGAACCCCCACGUACACACUCCGAAACAAGAAGGGGCCGAAAGGGAAGAGUCUCCUGCAGCAGCUCCUAUCCUAUGUGUUCAAAUGUCCAGAACUAGGCAGUGCAGCGUUCCAGAUGAAGGAAGCCUUCUGGGACCACUUUGAGAAGUGGCGUGGUAGAAGAAGACUGACUGACUAUACCUUUCACCAAUUCUUCACGGUGCUGGAGGAUGCUCUCAAGAAAGAGACCUCACACGACGAUACAAAGGCGAUGCCGAUUGUGCAGGUUGCUAAAGUAAUCAUGCAGCGGUUUGAUCCAUCAAACGAAUGCUUCAGUCCCAAAUCCAGAAACAGAGAUGAAAAGGAGAAGAAGCCAAAUUUUGAUCUGUGGUACGUCUACAGAUGUUUCAAGUUUCCGCAACUCUUCAAAGUGCUUCCUCUGUUGAUGGAGAGAGUAGCGUUGUCUAUCCUGUCUACAGAGAAAUUGGAAGAUCUGGAACGACUGGAGUCGGUGCUGAAGAACUCCCCCGAAGACCUGGGAUUUUAUACGUCCAUGAGAGAGCACAACUGGGGUACCAUUGAGGUUUCAUUCCAAGGCUUUGUGAAUGCUGGUAUGAUACCGCCAAACCUCUUCAAGUGUACGACCAACCAAGAUUCUGCUCUACGCCCCUCGUCCAAGUCCACUGGCAAGCAGAACUGCACUCUUGACCAACCCUCCACAUCCACUGCCAACCAAGACACUGUCGGACCUUCUUCGUCCAAACCAAAAGCGAAGCAAAACAAAAAACUUAAAACACUCUCAGUCAAGAUGGCUAAGGUACUAAAGCUCUACGACAUCGUAAAGUAUUGGUGUAAGGACGGCAAACACACAUUCUUGUAUGAGAGUGACAUGAAGAAAGCGUGGUGCAAAGAUGCCUGCAAGAAUGUUCCUUUUGGCCACAUCGGAGAGGAACCCUUUGUGGAGCUUCAGAACAGGAAAGUGGUGAAGAUAGAAGAAAAAACUUCAGAAUCGGACGUAAAGUUCCAUUGGAGCAAGUAUCGCCGAUACGAGAAGAGUAUCGCAGGAUCAAUGGAAACACUGCUCGACCAACAUGAGGCUGACCCAUGGACCCUGCCUGUUGAAGAUUUCACGGACUUCAACUUUGACCCCCACCAACAGGAGGCAGCACUCCAUGUAUGUAAGAACGCCUUGACGGUUAUCCUAGGAAGGGGUGGGUGUGGCAAGACUCACGUUGUAGCCUCAAUCAUCAGAAAGUACCUAGACCACCUUGAGGAGAAUAGGAGACUUACAAAAAUGAAAGAACCAAGUAAAGAGAUGCAGGAUGGUGAGAGGCCGGUUUGUUCUGAGGAUACGAAAGAGGAGAAGGAGGGUAAUGAUGGAGAUAGGGAGGAGGAGAAGGAUGAGGACCGGGACAAACCUGUGAUCCUUCUGACAGCGCCUACUGGCCGUGCAGCCUCUAUACUCAAGAGACGCACUGGAAUGAAAGCAACGACCCUCCACAGCGUCCUGGGCACCGCCCGCAAGUCCAAUCAUGGGAUAUUUAGCAACGUGGAGAUCCUAGUCGUGGAUGAAUGCAGUCUAGUUCCCAUCUCAGUCUUGUCGGAGGUCUUGAGUAGGCUUCUGGACUACAGCCUAAAGAAGGUCAUCCUCUUGGGUGACCAGCAUCAACUCCCGUCAAUCGACCCAGGAAACUUCCUCAAAGAUAUUAUCAAAGUUUUCCAGACUACCAAUCUUAACUUCAUCCAGACCCUGAAGAAGAAUCACCGGACUGAUGAGGGCGGCAGACUCAUCGUCGAGAACGCACGUAUGAUCGCUGAGGAGAGACAGAGUGACCUCGUCUAUGAGCCUGACAGGUUCGAAAUGAUUGACACCUCAGACUGUGAGGCUGGUAAUGGUCAACAGCAAAUUCUAGACAGACUGAUUAAGACCAAGCGCCAGCUCCAAGAUCACAAAAACUCCCAGAUUGUGACCUUCAGAAAUGAGGAUGUUAAGAACCUCAACAGAGUAUGCUGUCACUACUACGCUGCGCAUGCUCCAUUCAGGAAAGGUCAACGGCAUAAUCAUCAUAUCGACGACAAGAUCUGUGCUAGGAAAAACUCCACCAUCACGACCAAGAAGCAAGAGGUCCAAAGAGAGGGAGAGGCAGAAGGGAGUGAGGUCAAGGUGGACAACCAGAAACAAAGAGAGGGUCAGGCAGGCCCGAGCAAGAUGAAGGAAGAGAAGAUCAGCAAUGGAGAUACUUUCUUCAUUGAAAAUAUGAGAUUAGUGGUGGAGAAUAACGGGAAGAAAAAGGAGAUUGUCACUCUUCAGUCAAUGGAUGAGGAAGAAGGUACUCUAUUUGAUGUGGACUUCAAGGAGAUGAGAACUAGGUCCAAGCUCCAAUAUGCUUGGGCUAGGACCAUCAACACCUAUCAGGGUUCCGAGGUAGACUACAUCGUGUACGUGAUAAGCUCAAACUGUUUUCACGAGAAUUGGCAGCACCUCUACACUGCCAUCACCAGGGGGUGUAAGGGAUGCAUCAUCGUGGGGACACCGGCCCGCCUGCAGGAGGUUGUGAAAACCAAUCCUAGACCAAGACAAACCAGUCUGGCAAGGUUCCUCAGAGAGAACCUUCGUGAACUCAUGAUCCGAUCAAGACCCAAUCUUGGAGAGGUAGAUCCAAGGACACCAGAGAGACCAGUACCAAGAAACGUCUUUAGCUCCAACAGAGCUACAGCAAGUAGCCCAUGCCAGUGGACUCCGGCACAAGAACAGCCUGUGAGGGGAUCACCUUUCCAUCUACCGUCUAGUUCAAAUACAGCUACUCCUGUACAUAGUCCACACCAGCAGAGCCCACUGGGAAGGCAAGAAGUGCCUGUCAACAAAUCCUUAUCCAAUGGGCCAUCGACCUCGAGUGCUACUCCAGUGCAAUCGCUACCUAGACGGAAUGAUAUGGCAUCACUUCUAAAAUGUGUCAACCUUACUGCCCCUGCAAGAGCUGUUGAAGUUCCUGGAUGUACACCAUUGGCUGCAGAUAUUCCUGUAUGUAAGACAUCAGUAAGAGCCUCUCCUAGAUGUAAGACAUCACCUUUAGCCCCUCCUGGAUGUAAUGCAUCAGCAGUAGCGUCUCCUGGAUGUACACCAUCGGCUGUAGAUCUUCCUGGAAGUAAACCACUGGCAGAAGUAGUUACUCCUUCAGAUGUAAAAGCCAAGCCAAACGGAGGGAAGCUCUCCUUGAAGCGGAAAGUCGAGAUCAACGCUGUUCCUGUCAACCAAGAUAUGCCAUGUCUGCAAGGAGGUGAUAGUUGUGUUACAAUGGAUGAAGAGGUACCCAUGAAAAAGUCUUGUGCAUCAAAACCCUCCCUAAAAGUGAGUUCCAUGGCUGUCGCAGAACAGGAACAUCUGGACAAGGAUCAAGUAUCUGUCAGUAAUGGAACAGAACAAGCCAAGAGGACAUCACCUCAACAGCGUGAAGGAGAUUCACUUUUCACUUUAAUCCUACCCAAGGAAGAAAGUACCCCUGUCGUGCCCAGUCGCAAGUCAGGUUUCACGUUUUCUCGCAAACGCUUGAAACUUGCAAGAGAAACCGAAAAUAAAGAUUCUGCCCUUGAGGUUCAUCCAAUUUUCAGAGGUCUGGAAGAAUACCAGAAAGAUGAUGAUGACGAGACUGAUUGCUCCAUUUCAUCGGAUGAAACUGCCUUCUCUUCCAGUGGCUCAAGUCCUUGUCUAGGCACAGAUGAAUACCCUUCAGAUGGAAAUGAUGAUGAUGAUGACGAUGGUGGUGGUGAUGUUCAGGUUAAUGUGUUUGAAGAUGAAGAUGAGGAAAUGUCACAAUAUAUUUUGCAAAAUCUGGAUGAGAUUGAAAGUUGGUAGAAAACUUGAUAAACUACCAUUGGGAGUGAUCAUUGUUGAUCAUCCUUGCUCUCUUUCCUAAAGCCAUCACAAUUUGCGAAACUUACAUGCUACUUGUUCCUUGCUGCUGUUAUAUAACCAUAGCAACUAGCAAUAUCCAAAAAGUCAUGCAUACGUAAAGUGAAUACUGUAAAAAAGAUGGCGAAUUGUUACAUUA